GUGUGAUUAUUGGGUGCAAUUAAUAAAAUGUUGUCGCGCAAAUUUAUAUACACGUGUAUAAAACUAAUGCAAAAUGCCAGCCGUCGCACGUCCGUUCAGUUUUACAUGCCAAAUGGCCAAAGGAGAAAUAUUUUCGAAAAGAAACACGCUCAGCGAAAGGCAGUGAAAUAUGCACAAACCCUAAUCGCAAUCACCAGCGUUAUUUGUUAUGUGCCCAGUGCAAAUGCGAAAUGCGAAAUGCUGAAUGCAAAUGCAACAGUCGAGGGCCCAACGCUGGAGGGAGCAAUAGUCAUACAGAAGCUAUCGCCGCCGCUACGAUAGCGAUAACAUAAAUAAGAACAGCCAAAGCGAAUCACGGACGGCAGAGCCACUCAUCUAUAAGCCAAGACCCACAGUCGAACACUCACACUCACACACACACUCAAAAUAACACACAAACCCGUAAUGCCAAGUACCCCGGGCACUGCAAUCAAAGUAGCUGGUGGGUGGAAGUGGGGGCUCAUGUUCUGGGGGGCAGUGAAAUACACAUAAAACAAAUAUCAUAAGCGGUGAUCAAUGGCCUAUUAGCAGCGGGAAGGUUAACCCGAUCUUUGGCUUGCUCAACUUGGAAAAGCGCCAGGGCGUGGCAGGAAAAUCAACAACCCUUCGCGCCAUAUGGCUUGACUCACUGCGGCAACUUCAGCGCGUGUGGACACUUUCAUUUCCCUAAUUAACAGUCCAAACGGGAAAUUCGAAGCCAAAAACCGAAACCGAAAAUCAAAAAAUCCAAAAGCAAAACGCAAAAAUCAACGCGUAGGAAUUGUACAAUAAAUAAUACGAAAAAUAAAACCCCUACGCGAGUGACCAACGUAUAAUUUAAAGCUCGUGGCCACCAAAAUGCGAGUGGCCAAUUGGUUGUACGUACCAUUUUGGCAACAACCACAGCUGCGAGCCAGAACAUCAAACAGUCGGCCAAGAUGCGAGCGUUGAAAACAUCAUCAUCAGGAAAUAAAUUCGGGAAAAAUGAAUAAAAAUAUAAAUAUAAAGCGAUAUGAAUAAAUACAUGAACUAGCACAUAGCCAAAGCGAUAUUCUAAAUGAGUGCUAGGGGGCAAAAAAGGCAUAGGACAUAGGAUUUUACCAUUUUCCCAACACUUAGUAUUGACGGGCAUUGCGGGGUACUGAGGGUAUGGUAUUGGACCGAAGAUGCCGACCAGAGCGGAAUAUACAUAUCGAGAUAUAGAUUCUGAUAUGGCGGCUGUAUGCUAAAAGGCAUUUAAAGCGAAUGACAUUCUUUCGCCCAGCUGUUGUCAUAUAAAUCACAGCUUUUAAACAGGGUGUGUCUUUAGAGUUUGGUUACUUAAAUUUCAAAUUUAAGAUGAUAAAGUUUCAUAGAAAUUAAAGUUAAAAAAGUUCAAUUCUAUUUAAAAAUCAAGGUCAUUGAAAUUUUAAAAUAUAUUUUAAUUGGUUAUAAAAAAUUUGCUACUUUGCAAUUCUCAAUUUCAAUUGCCUUAACAGAAUGAUGAUAUAUUUUGAAGUAUAUAAAACAUUUUUUAAUAAACGAAUACUAACUUAACAUUAUUAAAUGGCUAAUUGUUGACCACAUCAUAGCCCAGUCCCUUAAAACAUAAACAGUGAUUUAUAACACGAUAAAAAGACACACCCUAUUCCAUUCGCAUAAAUGUAGGUAAAACACGCACAACAUCAACAACUCAACUUCUGCGUCAGUAAAUAAACAAAUAUUGACUCAAAUCGAUACAAAUGCCAGCGGCAACAACUAGAUAAUGCACAAAAGUGAUUAUAAUCGGGGCAACAAAAAAAAAAAAAGAAGAAGAAAAGCGAGCCCAUGUUUUUCCAAGCUUUUAAUAAUGUGUUCUUUUCUUUGUUUUUUUUUUCCUUCUUUCCUUUCUCGAUGGAACAUUUAUGGCACAGUUCCAGGAGGCCAUAACAUCGAAUAAUAAUAUCUGAAUUAAGAGCAGCAGAACUAAAAAACCAACCACUUGGCCGAAACAAACUAAAAAUAAUUCGAAGCCCGAGAAAUGUUAAAAAUAAACCCAAAAGAAAUCAACGAAUAUUUUUCGGAGGCAAAACAAGUCGGCGGCAACCGCAGCAGCCGCGGUGGCAAAGAAUAUGAACAGAAUUAAAAGGCAGCUGCUUGGAGGCUAGGCUACCAAAAAAUAAAUAUUAAAAAAAAAACCCAAUCAGCGAGCAGAAGCAGCAAAAGCGAAUUAACACAAAAAAUAUCAAAAAGUAAAAUAGAAAAUAGAAGCCGCACAACAGUAAAUAGCCGAAAAAAUUGUCGUCCAGCCGAGGUAGCCUCUCCAUCAGCGGCGGAGCAGGCGGAAAAGCUACGGAAAAUCAACGGAAAAGCGAGGCCAUCACAAGAGCUCGCGUGGGCGGCGUUCGCUGGCAAGGACAGCGGUUGGUCGGUUGGUCGUUGACGUUGGCAGCGUCUGAAACUGAGGCGGAUUCUGAAGCGGAGGAGCGGCGACGUUGUCGUGGCCACACGGUUUACGCUCCACGGUCCGCGGGCCACUUACGCGAAUCAAUUUCCGUUGCGGUGGCCGUUUCAGUUUUGGUUUCAACGUCGCCGGCGCCACGCGUGUCGUGAUUUCCCAAUGGCGCUUCCUCCAGUGGGUGUUUCAACCUAAAAGUGCGAUAAUAAAAUACGGAUCUACCACACAGUGUUACUAAAAAGAUAGAGAAAGAGAUAGAAAGAGAGCGCUACAAGCCAAAGAUAAGUUAUAAAUUAUUGUAAAAUUAAAACCAGACAACGAGACUCAUGUUGUUGUGCGACGGACUUGGCCCGGAGCCACCGCGGCAAAGGCAUCGAAAUCGAACCAGUGCCGCCAGGAUUAGAAAAAGACCGAAAUGCUGCUGCGGCGAUGGCGGCAGCGGCAAUCAGGCGGAGCAGCCCGGCGGGAUAGUUAGCAACCCAAUUAGUUAUGGCCAAAGUCUGACAACAUUGGCGCGGGUCACGGCGGCCGCACUGACCACGGCGGCCAUGCUGCACACAACGAAUGCCCUGGCUGCCACCGGCUCAUCCAGCGCAUCCAACUCUUCCACCGGCGGAAUAGCACUGCCGCUGGGCACUGCCACACCUGCCACACACGAACUGAAUGCCACACAGCCGUUUGGCGGCUCGGGUCUGAACUUCAACGAAAGCGGCGCAGGAUUAAGUGACCAUCAUCAUCAUCAACAACACAAUCCCGACGAGGAUUGGCUGGACAACAUCGUUUGGGUGUUCAAGGCCUUUGUCAUGCUGCUCAUCAUCAUUGCGGCCAUCUGCGGCAAUCUGCUUGUUAUUAUUUCUGUGAUGCGUGUUAGAAAAUUAAGAGUUAUAACGAAUUACUUUGUAGUUUCCUUAGCCAUGGCUGAUAUAAUGGUCGCUAUUAUGGCCAUGACAUUUAACUUUAGUGUGCAAGUAACUGGGCGGUGGAACUUCAGCCCCUUCCUGUGCGAUUUGUGGAACAGCCUCGAUGUCUACUUCUCAACAGCGAGUAUUUUGCAUUUAUGCUGCAUAUCUGUGGAUAGAUACUAUGCUAUUGUUAAGCCCCUCAAGUAUCCGAUUAGCAUGACGAAACGCGUGGUCGGCAUUAUGCUGCUAAACACAUGGAUAUCGCCGGCACUGCUCUCCUUCUUGCCCAUCUUCAUCGGCUGGUACACCACGCCGCAGCACCAGCAGUUCGUCAUCCAGAAUCCGACGCAGUGCUCGUUCGUGGUGAACAAGUACUACGCCGUCAUCUCGAGCUCCAUAUCGUUCUGGAUACCCUGCACCAUUAUGAUAUUCACCUACCUGGCCAUCUUCCGGGAAGCCAAUCGGCAGGAGAAGCAGCUGAUGAUGCGGCACGGCAAUGCCAUGCUGAUGCACCGACCAUCCAUGCAGCCAUCAGGCGAGGCGCUGAGCGGAUCCGGGUCGUCGAAAACAUUGACGCUGCACGAGGUCGAGCAGGAGCACACCCCCACUAAGGACAAGCACUUAAUCAAAAUGAAGCGGGAGCACAAGGCCGCACGCACGCUGGGCAUCAUCAUGGGCACCUUCAUCCUCUGCUGGCUGCCUUUCUUCCUGUGGUACACACUCUCCAUGACCUGCGAGGAGUGCCAAGUGCCGGACAUAGUCGUCUCAAUCCUCUUCUGGAUCGGGUACUUCAACUCAACGCUAAACCCGCUGAUCUACGCGUACUUCAACCGCGACUUCCGGGAGGCGUUCCGCAACACGCUGCUCUGCCUGUUCUGCAAUUGGUGGAAGGAUCGCCACCUGCCUCUGGACAUCGACAUCCGGCGCUCCAGCCUGCGCUACGACCAGCGGGCGAAGAGCGUCUACUCGGAGAGCUACCUUAACUCGACAACGCCCUCGCAUCGCCGCCAGUCUCAGAUGGUGGACAACUUAUAAUACAGGGAUGAGGCGCUGCUGACCCCCAUCGCCCAGCAGCAGCAGCGGCUGGCGGCGGGCGGAUCCCGCCUGGGCGGACAAUUGGCAGCUGCCGCCAAGGAUGGCAGGGAGUCGAAGGAUGCAAAGGAUACGGGCAAGGAUGCGGGCAAGGGCAAAUCCAAUGUCGAUUGCUUGGCGGGCGACGAUGUGCAGGAGAUCCAGAUUGAAAUACCCAUGGAGUACAUCAACAAAUGGAACAAGAACAACAAUGCCGCCGCCUCGACGGCCUCGAGUCAUGUGUAAAUGGUGCAAAUGGUGCAAAUGGUGCGACUGGUGUAAGGAUGCGAAUCGAAUCAAUCGAUGCCAGCCGGAUGGGUGGAAUCAAUUUAAUGCAAUUAAAGUGUUCCAUUAAUUUGUAAAAUUAAUAUGCCGGCAAAUGCGUCGGCUGAUUUACUCGUAAUGUUGACAUUAUUCAAUCUGUGGAGCGUGCCAUUUCAUUUUCUUCACAUUUUUUCAUUUUUGUUUUCGUUUUUAAAACAUUUAAUCUCAAUUCGAGUUUGCCGGGUUCCUUGGAGCACAGAUCGGGACUUUGUAUAGGAUAACUUAUUUAUUUAUGAUUUUAUGUCGUUUAUAUCUUGUUGUAAAUACUGAGUAUUUUUGUACGACUAAAUUAAGCACAGGUUGUAAACUCAUUUCGAUAAAUGUAUAUGAAUAUGUAAUAUGUAUGUACGUACGCCAAUCGAAAAUCUGUAAGCCGUAAAGCAUUUUGCUCACGAAAAGAAAUAACCACAAAUAAAUUAUUCAAAAUGGCAAUCACUGCAACUCACUGAGCUAUGCGUGUACAUAGGGAUUCGCAAAAUCGACGAGCUAAAGCUAAAACUAAAACUGUGCCAAUUAAGAGACCGCAAAUUAUAGACAACUACGUGAGAAGUCCUGCGAAUAAACAACCACACCCCCAACGCAAUUAGAAUCGGAGAAUAUUGAUAAAUUUAUAGAGAUACAAACAAAAGUCACGGCAGCUAAAGCAAAGCUAAAACCCAAUUGUUAUUUCAACGACAAUCGCAUGAAUUGAAAAUGCUCAAAAUACCUAAAGUAAACCCCUAAAUCGUAUAAUCAACUAAACAUAGCGAGAAUAUAUAGUCAAAACCAUAUAUGUAGGACCCUGGCGAUUGGUCAAAACCAAAGUCCGUCUAAAUUAGCCAACAUAUAGUGCAUCGAUAUCAGACUAACCAAAUUACGUGUGUGUGAGUGUGUGUUUCCGUUUCCGUUUCAAAGUGCCAGCGUCGGGUUCAAAGGUCACGAGUGAAAGUGCUUCGGAUAAUCGGUGAUUGCGUUGCAGUUCCUGGAAUUAAGUUGACUGUGUAGCCUGUGAGGGCAAGGCUUGAAUAAUGCUCCUGAAGUCAGCAACUUGAUUCCAGCAAUUGCGGCCCGAUAUUCCUCAACAAUGAGAAAACCGGAAAAGCCAUGGGAAAAAUCGUAACUUCCUCGAAUUUCGGCUAGCAAAUAAAAUAUUAAUGCAAAUAAGCCGAAUAUAAAAGCAAAACACGCAAACAAAGCUUUUUGUGUUCUUUGUAUAAAUAACUAACCAUAAAAUGUUAGCAACAGUUUGCAAAACUUACCGAUUUAUGAUUUUCUCUUAAUCCGCAAACCAAGCGGAAAGUCAAGUAAAAACAGUUGUUGUUUAUUCGAAAGAAUAGGAACUGGUUUUUUUUAUGAUUUUUCCAGCUAGUCUGAAACUAAAUAGUAAAUAAUAAUGUUGCCAUGAAUGGAAAACAAAGAUAAAGAGCCAAAGCUCAGUAUGUAUAAUAUAUAGUGUGUAUAAAUAAAUGUCUAGAUAAAUGUUAUAUUUAUAGUAAGUAUUCAUUAGAUGACUUUCCUUGAAAAGAUGAAAGAAAACAGAGCGAAAGCAGAGAAGACCGUAAACAAACCAAAUCUCCAAAGGACUUGUUAUAUUUUUAUAAGCCACAGCGCCCGAAAACUAAUAUUAUAUGUGUAAUUUGUAUUCGUAUUUGUAUAUUGACAUGUCUGUGUAUAUGUGUGUGCGAGUUAUUUAUUAUGAUUAUUAUUAUUAUUACUGACAACUGAACUUUUCGUUGCAUUGUUUUGCAUUUUGCUGUGCAAUUUUCCGUGCAAAACAAAAUAGGAUCCUAACAUUAAGCCAAGCUGACAAGCAAAUCUAGCCUCGAGUGGGCGAGACACGUAAAUGGCAAACUAAGCUACUAACUAAGUGAAUAUGAAAUUUAGAUGUAUUAUAAAAGCAAAAUAACAAACUUCAAGUUGGAAAACAAGCAGAAAAAGCAAAAAAUAAAUUCAAAAACUACA